CUUAAGAAAUAGGAAAAAAUCCAUCAAAGACCUGACACAGCAUCUGACAGAUGGAUCUGGACUUUCAGAUGAUCUAUUUACUGUUCACUGAAGCCUCAGAAAUGGUCUCAGUGAAAGGGUGUCUGUGAAGAAGCUUAAAAACAUACCUGGAUAGAAAAACACAUAAUAGAAAGGUAUCAGUCGAGGAUUGGUGACUAAGAACCAAACAAAUCCAAAGAUCUUUGAAUGUUCUUCAAGAAGCUGGGAGAACUAUUACUGAAGACUACUUAAAGAAUUGAUAAGAAAGCUGUGUUUGGGGAUUUCAGACUGUGCUGAUGAAUAAAGGCAGUCAUUUCAUUCAACUUUGUUAGAAUUGUAAAAUCUCUGUAUUUUCCUGUUUGCACAGGUUUUCACAGUCCUGUACGCUAGCUUCAAACAUCACAUCUAUAUAAUUUAUAGAUGUAUUAUAUAUAGAUUUAGCAACAAUUAUGAUUUUUGUGUUAUUCUGUGAAUGAAUGCUGUUGUAUCAUCCCAAGUGACGAUAACACUUACAUACUAAUCUUUAAAAUUUGAAUAAAGCAUAAGUUCCAAACAGACUUUCAACAGUCCCUGAGAGGAGAAAACUACAUUCUGUAGAAAGAUGUUGAUUCAGCUAACGUGGUAAUCAUUAAUCUGAUAUCAGACAGAGUAUAAAGCUCUGGAUCUUCACUCAGGAACUCUUCAUCCCGUCACAGAGCGAGGUAUGAGAAUAACACGAAUUGUUUUCAUGUUUGCCCUGGCUGCUGCUUGUGUUCCUGCCCUCUGUGGCGAAGAGGAACCUCCGGUCCUCCACCUCGAGGCUCCUGCUGAAAGUCAGUCCCGCUUUGUUGCUUUGGAUGACGUGUAUCUCCCGGCAAAUGGCCUCCUCCAAAUGGGUCAGAGCCUGCGGCAGUUUGCGCAGAAAACAAAGGGACAGAUAAAUGAUAUCUUCCAAAAACUCAACAUCUUCAAUCGCUCUUUCAGCCAGCUGUCAGUGCUGGCCAGCGAAAUCAAGGUGACAGAAGAAGAACUGAAGAGUACUGCUACUGUGUUAAUGGCCAACAAUGAAGAACUCAGGGGCUUUUCUGAAGAGAUCAGCUCCAAGAUGAACAGCAUCCUGCAAGAGAAAAGUCAACUGCAGAAUAAAGUGGAGGGCCUCGAGGAGAAACUGAGCAGUCUGUCACUUGGCCUUGUGCCGAGUGAACGAGCAGCAGAGAUCAAUAGCCUUAGGGAGGUGAUCCAGAGCCAGGAGCAAAGCAUUACACAGCUGCUGAAGGCUGUGAGGGAACUAAGUGACCAGCUCAUCUACCAGAGGACAAAGAUCAAUAUUCUAGAGGAAAAGUAUGCGCUUUCUAUCAUUUUCUAAGUGGAUGCUGGUUCAGCACCUGUGGAGACACUAACCUGAAUGUGAGAUAUCUUCACAUGAAACUAAAGGAGUGGACUGAAUGUAGGAGAGGGAUCCAGGGGAUGUCAGGUAAAAGGCGUCUUCUUUCAAGUUGACCCAGAUCUCCAUCUAUCAUGUGGCUUCCUCCAGUGGCACCUCCCAAAAAUCGACUUCCCCUGAAUCAGACGUCCUUCUCUGAUCUGAUCCAUUUCUAUAACAGGGUCAUGUCUGUUCUUAAUUCAGUGCCAUCUGAGGUGCUGACAAUCACAGCAUCCAAUACUGAUUUUUGUCAUUGGCAGCAGCGAUUUCUCCAGGUUUCCCCAAAUCUCUUGAUUUUCUCAUUUACUGCAGAUGGUGAGAGUCUUCACAUUUUCCACAAUUUGUUCACAGAGUUUUACCCAGUGUGUUACAGACCUGUCACUAAUUAACAUAAUUAGUUGCAAAAUGUUCCUCCAGCUGUUUCUUUCUGAUACCACAUAUGCUUACAGCUUUUUCCUGCCCCGUUCCCAACUUUUUUAGAAAUGUUGCUUCCAUUAAAUUCAAAAUGAGCUCAUGUAUUACUUAAAAUUAUACAUUUACUCCAUAUGCAUACUUGAUAUGAUUUUAUUUGUGAAUAAAAUGGGGUUUAAGAGAUUUGCAAAUAAUUACAUUCUGUUUUUAUUUAUAUGUUACAAGGAUCAGAUUAUAGAGAAGAAACAGUCACAUAUGAACAGUUUUUAUAUUGUGUCACAUUUACUCACUGACCCCUGACAAUUUGGGAAGGAUCCCUUGACUGGAUCAUGACAUAGAAAGGAAAAAGUUGGAUGCAUAUAUGAGGCUCCACAAUCUCUUCUUGAAUUGUUUCUAUAUGUUUUUCAUGCUGACCUUUUUUAUGUAACAAGAGCAGCAUCUAAAAGUGUCAGCUUUUGUUGUGAUUAAUAGGUUCCUUGUUUGAUAUAUUUGUUAUUAUCACAAAAAUCAAAUAACUGUUAUAGAAUACUUUAAAAACUGGAAUUUAUUCACUUCUGAAAUGCUAAACGCAUAAAUUUUUGUCACUACUGUUGUCAGAAUUGUAAUGGAUUAAAACUGUGUUGGAGAAAAAUUGAGAGCUUAAUUUUGCUUUAUAUAUAAGAGUCGUUACAGAUGAAGUAGAAUUGUUGGAGGAAAUCCAUAUAAUUUAACAACAGGCAUCAUUUUUGGAGUUGUAAGGAAGAAAAGUUGUUCUGACAUUUUGACUGGUGGGAUGUAUAAAUAUAAACAGGCAAACCAAACACUAACAUGUAUCAACUUACAGGAAAUGGGUACACGAACCUUUUAUGGAAGGAAAGAAUGUGUUUACAUGUGACACAUUACAGUGAGAACAAUGAACUGGAUGAGAGCGAGCAUGAGUAAGAGUAUCCUGGAAUCAGGUCUGAGGACAAAUGAGGAGAUCCGAGGUCAGCUGAGGGUCAUACAUAUAUAAUGUGCGUGUGUAGUAAAUGAAGUGUGUUCAGGUGCUUGGAGAGGAUGUUAUGCAGUGAGAUGUAAGGUACCAGGAUGCAAUGAUACUCUAAAAGUCAAAUAAUAUAAAUAUCAUAUCCAACUCUGUUUCAUAAGCUUCUCAUACAGGACAUUCAGUGUCACACACACUGAAACUCUUAACCAUAUGAUUGCCUGAUUUUGUUGCAUGAGUCUGAGAAAACAGUAACAUUUUGGUACCUUUAUAGCACACUGUUACCCUGACGCAACAAACUAAUUUCUGGUAAGGGGUGGGAAGAGGGGCCAAUUUGUUUGAUAUAUCAACAAAGACCUCAAGCUCCCAUAAAGUAAGGUGAAUUUUUUAUGUUUCCUAUUAAACAAAUAAAUAAUUA